AGCAGAACUGAUGGCAGAAUGAGUGCCAAAGAAAUGCGAAAAUUUCUCAAAAACUUCUUAAGGGAUGAGUUGUUCCGAAACGAUCUGAACGUGUGGUCAGAAUACGUGUCAUUCGAGUACUUAUUGGCUAACAAUCAAACCGAAGGCCGAAAAGUAUUUCAAACAGCCAUUGAGUUAAUGCUUAAACUCAACCAAAAUAGAGACCAACUCUUUAUGUUUGUCCGCAAAUACAUUGAACUCGAGUUUGACAUCAAUUGUUUGACUCAAAUGUCCGACAAUUUAUCGGUAAAACAUUUGGCAAAAGACUCGACGACUCAAGACUUGUGUCUCAAUUCAUUGUUAUCUAUAAGUUGUGGUCAAAUAGUGUCCAACUCUUCGCCAACUCUUGUUCUCAAAGCUAUUAAUGAAUUCGUCCGACAAUUGACUUAA